GGCGGCUCUUGAUUGAAUCUGUUCAGAAUCCUUCUGUUUUUCUUGGGAAUUUUGCAAGUGUUGGUGCUAAUUUGUGUGAUGAGAAGUCCUCGAAGGAUGUCUGACAUUGGGCGACUUGCUGGGCAUGAGAGUCAUCAUCAUUAUAAGAGAUUUCAGCCCUAUGACAAGUGCGCUAAGCUAGAUGUCUCCAAUGGUUCAGUAUCUAACAUGGGCAAAGAGAAAAAUGCCCUAUCACAGGAGAAAAAUGCCCACUUUGAAAACAUGGGCAAAGAUCAAAAUAGUCGUGGGCAGUUCAGUGGAGAUGAAACGAUCAUGGCAGCACAUGCUUUAGUGGACCUGAGUAGUGCUAAAUCUUCACUUGGAACAGAUGUUGCUGGAUCCAGAUUGUCAAAGUUGAACUCCAUAGCAGGUUUCUCUCCCUUUCCUCAGUCGAAUAAUUCGCGGAACAUGGCCUCUGGUGGAUGUCCUGAAGUUGGUAGUCGCAGCCACGUGCUCAAGUCCAUCCAGCUGUUUGAGGAGCAAUACAUGAAGCUUUUGCAAGAACAGAACACAAAAGGCAAGAAAAAAAGAGGAGCAAAUGAGAGGAUUGAUAUAAAAGCAGCCAUGAUUCUAAAGAAAGAAGGAAAGUGGGUCAAUACCACUAGAGAAGUUGGAGAAAUCCCUGGUGUUGAAAUUGGUGAUCAAUUUCAGUAUAGGGCUGAACUUGCUAUUGUUGGGCUCCAUACCCAACUUUCUGCUGGGAUCGACUACAUAAAAAUUGGGAGCAAACUCUUUGCAACAUGCAUUGUCGAUUCUGGUCGCUACAAUAAUGAGAGGAGAUCUCCAGACGUGUUCAUCUACACAGGCGAAGGCGGAAAUCCAGAGAUUUACAAGAAAAAGGCGGAGGACCAAGAACUUAAACGUGGUAACCUGGCCUUGAAGACUAGCAUGCUAGCAGAUCUUCCUGUGAGAGUUGUACGUUGUCAUCAAUCUCCUGAGGCACCUAAUCCCUUGGGCGUGAACAAUGGGACCGGCCUUAGAUACACUUAUCUAGGAUUGUAUAAGGUGAGCUCCUGCGACAGGGUGAGAGAUAAAUAUGGAAAGCUGGCGUUCAAGUUCACAAUGGUAAGGAACCAAGAUCGUGGUGGCGCGAGCGGCAGCUGCAAGAGGGAAAGGUCGCAUCCCAAGGCGAAUGAUUCUACUAGGAGCAAAGGCGAAGGAGGUAUUAUUACCAAGGCGAGGGGCUCCUAUCAGAAAAGAGCCUCUUUCCCGCAGGCAUGAGAUUUGCUGCCAAGACCAAGUUUAUCUGCCUUAGAUUUGUUGUUAAUGAAUGUAACAUGUACAUAUACAAUCCCUUGUUUAAGUUGGAUUAACCCUUUUUUU